GGGACCUUUCCUCGUGGCCAGCUUCUUAGAGGGACUGUUGGACGACUAGCCAACGAAAGUUUGAGGCAAUAACAGGUUGUUACCUCGGCUCAGUCCCUCUCUCGACUUCUGGUCGGGAUGGCGGUUGGUCCGGGCACGGACAGCCCUGCGGGAGGGUCAGGGGUGGGAUGUCGGGUGGUGGCGGCCGUCCUCGGCCUGCGUACCCCCGCUCCUUCCUGUCUCAGCUUUGUUGAGACCUCCUUUCCAUCCCGGCCUCAACCUCGGUCUCGUGCGGAGCUUGUGGCUUGUUUGGGGAUCGAGGGUUGUGUCUUGAGAGGCAACCUCUGCAGCGGACCGUGUUCAGGUUCCCUGGAAGCGGACGACGAAGAGGGUGACAGCCCCGUCGACCGCCGGACCCUGCUGCGCAACGAGGUGUUGUCCAAGAGUCGGGUUGCUUGGGAAUGCAGCCCCAAUUGGGUGUCGAGGACCUUGAGCACGCGUCUCUUUCGGCGGGCCUGUUCGGGUUCCUGCGUGUUCGGGAUGUUGGCGAAAUUCAUCUAUCCUACCCGUCUUGAAACACGGACCGAGGAGUUCAACGUGCAUGCGAGCCGGUGGGUGAUUAGCCCACGAGGCGGAAGAAACCUUAGUGGCGGGAACCGUCUGCGGGUGAACCGUCCGCCAACCACGAUCUGCUGUGAGAGGUUUGAGUGUGAGCAUGCCCGUUGGGACCCGAAAGAUGGUGAACUAUGCCUGAGCAAGGCGAGGCCAGAGGAAAAUCUGGUGGAGGCUCUCAGCGAUACUGACGUGCAAAUCGUUCGUCGGACUUGGGUAUAGGGGCGAAAGACUAAUCGAACCKUCUAGUAGCUGGUUCCCUCCGAAGUUUCCCUCAGGAUAGCUGGAGCUGUUGAACAGUUUUCUCGGGUAAAGCGAAUGAUUAGAGGCCUCGGGGGUGAAACACCCUCGACCUAUUCUCAAACUUUAAAUAGGUAAGAUUUCGGGGUUGCUUAAGCGAACCCCGAGGAUCAACGAAAGCUCCAAGUGGACCAUUUUUGGUAAGCAGAACUAGCGAUGAAGGAUGAACCAAAAGUUGAGCUACGGUGCCAAACUGCGCGCUAACCCAGACACCACAAAGGGUGUUGAUUGAUACAGACAGCAGGACGGUGGUCAUGGAAGUCGAAAUCCGCUAAGGAGUGUGUAACAACUCACCUGCCGAAUCAAUCAGCCCCGAAAAU